AUACUGUGGUCUGUGGCUCUACAGUGUCAAGUAAAUCGUUGAGUCUGUUUCGUUCGCCGCAGUUUUUAUAGGUUAAAAAUAAUUUGUUGCUUUGAUUUAAGGUAAAAUUAUUAUUUUACAACAUUAAAAUUAUUUUUGCUUUUAUAAUUUUUGAAGAUAUGAAAGUCAAGUUUAUAAAACAUCUUUAGAGAAAUUAGGCAAUAUUUCCAUGAUUUUAGUAAUUACUCAUUAUAGAUUGUUUGCAAUUGGCUAAAGUGUAGGUAAAUAAGUUUGUAACCCGGUAAAUUCUCACCCAACCAACCAACCUGGUACAUUACGUAAAAUGUUUGUUAGCAAUAAUUUAGUAAUUGGUAUGUUAUUCUAAUGAAAAAAAAAUAGCACCUAUUAGCAGGCGGUCAUUUACAGUUGAUCUUUUGAAAAAUCUUCAAAUGCUACAAUAUUCUAUGAAACUUUUUAAACAGCUCAAAAUUAUUAUUCAAAGUAAAAUUCACUAUCAGUAUGCUCGACUAACACUUAAAAGACAUAUAGAUUUCUUAUUUUUAAUGAUAUGCUCAUAAGUUUUUGUCAAUGUUUUAGUUUUUGAAAAUAGGACAUAACCUAGCUGGACUCUAUCCCACAUUUUUCUUGUAGCAGGCUAGCAGCUUUGUGGCACGUUUUGCCUGUUUUGCUGUAUUUCAUAAUUUAUAAUUUUUGGAUUUAUACUGUAAUCUUUAUUUAGAGGGUCAAUUAUUUCUGUGUGGAGAAAUUGAAUAAAAUCAUGCAAUAAAAGUUAAAUUACACUCAAUACUUUGUUGACUUUGUUUACCUGAUUUACAGGCAUUUAUUGGAAUGCAGUUAACCUAAGACAAAGUUACAGAGGACAAUUCAUGAACUUAUUAAAAUGGUGAAUGUUAUGAAAGGAGUUUUGGUUGAAUGUGAUGAUGCUAUGAAACAGUUCUUGCUACACUUGGAUGAAACAGAAGCAUUGGGAAAGAAGUUCAUUAUUCAAGACUUGGAUGAACGCCAUCUUUUCAUCUCAGCCGAUAUCCUUGAUGUAUUGCAAGCAAAGGUGGACGAUUUAAUGGAUCAGAUUAGUGUUUCGCUGGCCGACAAAGGUGUUUAAACCCUCUUGUUUUCAUUCAACAAAUCUUGUAUUCCCGGAAGAGGAUUUGCACAAACUAAAAUGGCGACAAAAGUGGCAACAGCCCGCGAGUCGGGGCGUUUGAAAGACUUUAAUCAGAAACGAGUGUUGGAUGAAGCUACAAGAAGCAGAAGAGCUCGAAAAGCACUUGAAGCUCUAGAAUCUGACAACUCUCACGAUGAUCCUCAUCCUGAACUAGUUAUGAGCAAGAAAUUCCCAAAAUUCCAAGAGACUCUUGAUAAUCGAGGUGGAAGAAAAAAGAAAGCAAAAAGUGCAGAAUAUUAUAAACAAAGGUUCCGCAAAAGCCUGGUUCAGCUGGUGGAGGAGGACAGAAACUACCACCCAGAGCCGCCCAACUACAUGACUGCGCAGGCAAUGCCAUCGCAGUUCCCCGAGCGCCACUUCUGUGCCGUCUGUGGCUUCCUCAGCAACUACACGUGUGUGCCGUGUGGCGCUCGCUACUGCUCCAUCCGCUGCCUCGGCACUCACCGCGACACGCGCUGCCUCAAGUGGACUGCUUGAAUCUAGCCACAAACACACGUUGUCAUUUGCUGCUCAUCAGACUACUCUAUACUAUCAUCGUUUUUGUCAAGAAAACCAUUCAGAUUCAAGCUGAUAAUGAUAGAACUCUCAAGAACUUUAUUUUUUGAGAUGGAAUGAAACAGAAUUAGGUCAAUUCAUAAUUUGAUAAGUAUGUUGUUUGACUUUUGUUAAUUGUGAAGAUGAUGAUUGAUUUUCCAGUCAAUUAUUGCAGAUUACUUCUCUAUUCUGUCCUAGUUUGAAAUACGAAGAAGUUGAUAAUUUGAUGAGUUUGGUUGAAAUAGAAUUCGGGCAAUAAUUGAUAAUCUGAUGAGUAUGGUGUUUGUUCCUUGUAAAUUGUAAAGAUGUAAAUUGAUUCGCUUUUAGUUAAUAUUCUAUGCUGUCCUGAUUCUGGGUUGAUCAGAAUUAAGUUCCGUCAGUUGAGAGUUUUAUCAGUGUGAUGUCUCAUUCUUGUGAGUAGUAGAGAUGAUGGCUCAUUUCUUUUUUCGAUUUUCCAGUUACAUAUUACUCUAUAUUGUCAUUGAUUUGAUGAACAAAAACUUUAGAUACUCAAUAGAAUAAAGUAGAAUCCUGACAUUUUAUGAUUUGACGAGUAAGAUGUCUCAUUCUAGUAAAUUUUGAAGAUGAUAGUUUUGUAAAAUCAAGCCAGAGCCGUUCCACUCUAACAAAUAAACAGUCAGCCCAAAGUGUGGCGAUAUUCUGCUGGAAGAAAGUCAGCGCUCUCUGGCGUUUGAUUUUGUACUGGAAUACUUGCAUCCACCUGUCGUCCCUGGACCUGCACACUUCUCGGAAACAUUCGCAUUCUUGCAUCACUUUUUGCAAUUGUCAAGCUCUUGGGAUAACUCAUCACCACCCAAUGAUGUAUGUAGGCCAAACCUUUCACGUGGAGUAGGUCUCAGAACUGAUUGAGUAAAUAAUGUAAUUGUUCCAUAUUACUCGGUACUGCCGCUGUUUUGGUGAAGGAACUAUUCAGAUGUUUCUGAUAGUAGAAUACAAUGAAAUCAAUAUUCUUACAGUCAAUAAUUUGAUCAGUGUUGUGUUUGAUCUGUGUGAACUAUGGGGAAUAUAUUUCAUUUAUGUCAAUUGUUUUGUGAUUUUUUAAGAAUGAAUGAGUGAAACUAUCUUUUUUGUGUUGUAGUGUAGGUGAUGUGGUAGAUAUCCAUAUUGAAUAUUAUAAAAUCAAUAUCAAUUAGAAUGAAACAGUCCUGUUUCGAUAAAAAAUAAUUAUUGAGAUACUUGAUGUAAUAAAAUGAAGCAUUUUAUUGAUAAUUUGAUGAGUAUGAUAUUUCAUUUUUACUUUCCUUGCCCUAUAGGUAAGGAAAGUAUUGCUUUCCGAAAAAAAUUAAGGUACCCAAAUUUCUAAAUUUCUAUAUGUUUCAAGGUCCCCUGAGUCCAAAAAAGUGGUUUUUGGGUGUUUUCUGUAUGUGUGUGUGUGUGUGUGUGUGUGUGUGUGUGUGUGUAUGUGCGUCUGUGUACACGAUAUCUCAUCUCCCAAUUAACGGAAUGACUUGAAAUUUGGAACUUAAGGUCCUUUCACUAUAAGGAUCCGACACGAACAAUUUUGAUCAAAUGCAAUUCAAGAUGGCGGCUAAAAUGGCGAAAAUGUUGUCAAAAACAGGGUUUUUCGUGAUUUUCUCGGAAACGGCUCCAACGAUUUUGAUCAAAUUCAUACCUAAAAUAGUCAUCGAUAAGCUCUAUCAACUGCCACAAGUCCCAUAUCUGUAAAAAUUUCAGGAGCUCCGCCCCCAUCAAUGCAGAUGACGCCCCAUCAAUUGAUUCCCAAUUAUCAGGCUUCAGAUACAAUUGAAACAAAGAAAAUCAAGUGGAGUAGAUUGACCAUGAAAAUCUCUACAAUUAAUGUUCAGUAACAUUUUCACCUAAAAUUGAAAAUAAGCUUUAAAUUCGAGAAAAGGUGAUUAUUCAAUUGCAAAUUAAUGUUGAUUCUAUUAAAUCAUUCACUAUGAAGAGAUAGCAGACCUCAUGUGUGUCUCCAGCGUUAUUUCCCUGUCACCAGCUGGCUCAAAUCUUUGAAUAGUAGACUUGAGAUGCGCGGGAACACUAACGUCAGGUGAUCAAUUUUCAUAACGGCAAGGAAAGUUGUGUGAGUGCGCCACACCAGAUUUUUGUGGAUUGUAAAGAUUACUUUUGACUUCGAUAUUUGUUAAUGCUUGUUAAUAAUUAAACUCGAAAGUAUUCUGCCCAAUACAAUACUCAACGUUACUUAUGUCGUCGAUGGAUGUGUGAUAUUUUAGUUUCUGUGAGGAAUUAUCUAGGUAUUAAAUUUAAUUAUAAAUGCAUAUACCAAGGAAAGAGAAUAGUAGGAUCACUGAACAAUCAACGAAAGGCAUAAUGUGUGUUGAAAAUCUAUUUUUUUUGAUUUUGUGAAAACUAAGUAUUCGUUAAAAAACAGUGUGAUACAUACUCUGUCCACGGCAUGUGUCAUGAUAUGCAAGCUCUAUCAAUUACACUUUCGCUACUGCUAUCAAAUGAUUCGAUAAGCAUAAAAAAUGUUUGUAAAUUAUAAUUUAUCCUAGAAUAAAAUGAAUUUCCAUUUUUGAA